GUUGAGGAAGAGGUUAAAUUAAACAUCAGCUCAACAUUAUUAAAAGCCUCGCUUGUGCGUAAUAUUGCUAAUAUACAUACCCCAAACGCUGUGUGUGGCUAAAGUGAAUCGAACUGAUGAAAUAACAACAGACGUUCAGGUCGCCGUCGUCACUGGUGCUGAUGAGACAUAUCUGCUGACUUGCUGAAGUACCUAUCGGACAAAACUGAUGUUUUUCCGACAUGGUGGAUUUUCUUGCGGAAAAUAACUUGUGUGGCCAGGCUGUCCUUCGGAUCGUCUCCAGGGGAAAUGCCAUAAUAGCAGAACUGCUCAGACUCUCUGAGUUCAUCCCUCCUGUCUUCCGCCUCAAAGACAAGGCUGAUCAGCAGAAAUAUGGAGACAUUAUUUGUGACUUCAGUUACUUCAAGGGCCCAGAGUACUAUGAGGGUAAACUGGAGGCUAAACCAGAGCUCCAAGACCUUGACGAGGAGUUCCGGGAAAACAAUAUCGAAAUACUUUCGCGGUUUUACCUGGCAUUUGAAAGUGUCCACAAAUAUAUUGUGGAUCUAAUAAGGUAUUUAGAUGACCUCAAUGAAGGUGUCUACAUUCAGCAGACCCUGGAAACUGUUCUACUGAAUGAGGACGGAAAACAGCUCUUGUGUGAGGCCCUGUAUCUCUAUGGGGUUAUGCUGCUGGUCAUUGAUCAGAAGAUUGAGGGUGAAGUCCGAGAAAGGAUGUUGGUUUCAUAUUACAGAUACAGCGCUGCACGGUCUUCAGCAGAUUCCAACCUGGAUGAUAUUUGCAAGCUCCUCCGUAGCACAGGUUACUCCAGCCAACCAGGGGCCAAGCGGCCGGCCAACUACCCGGAGAGCUACUUCCAGAGAGUGCCAAUCAGCCCCACCUUCAUCAGCAUGGUCAUCGGACGACUUCGCUCAGAUGACAUCUACAACCAGGUGUCUGCGUACCCUCUUCCUGAGCACCGCAGUACAGCGUUAGCUAACCAGGCAGCCAUGCUCUAUGUCUGUCUGUAUUUCACCCCUUCUAUCCUACACACACAGCAGGCGAAGAUGAGAGAGAUUGUGGACAAAUACUUCCCUGAUAACUGGGUAAUCAGUAUAUACAUGGGGAUUACUGUGAACUUAAUAGAAGCAUGGGAGCCUUACAAAGCGGCGAAAACUGCCUUGAACUACACUCUGGAUACAGCCAACAUUAAAGAACAGGCCAGUCGCUAUGCAGCUAGUCUGGAGAGUCUGAGGCCCCAGGUGCAGCAGCUGCUGAAAGAAGGUUUCCUGAGGGAAGAGAUUGUCCUGGACAACAUCCCCAAACUGCUCAACUGCCUGCGUGAAUGCAACGUCGCCAUCCGCUGGCUGAUGCUUCACACAGCAGAGUCAGCUUACGAUCCAAACAACAAGAAACUGCGUCAGAUUAAAGAUCAAGUGAUUAAUGACUCCAAGUACAACCCGAAGUUUCUGUUCCAGUUGUUGCUGGACACAGCCCAGUUUGAGUUCAUUCUGAAAGAAAUGUUCAAGCAGAUGUUGGCCGAGAAGCAGAUUAAAUGGGAGAGCUACAAGAAAGAGGGAUCAGAGAGGAUGACUGAACUGGCAGAAGUGUUUUCAGGAGUUAAACCGCUCACCAGGGUUGAGAAAAAUGAGAACCUCCAGGCCUGGUUUCGAGAGAUCUCUAAACAGAUUGAGUCCCUGAACUAUGAGGAUUCAACAGCUGCAGGAAGAAAGACAGUACAGCUCAUCCAAGCAUUGGUGGAGGUACAAGAGUUUCACCAGCUGGAGUCUAACCUCCAGGUGUGCCAGUUCCUGGCAGACACGCGCAAGUUCCUGCACCAGAUGAUCCGCACCAUCAACAUCAAAGAGGAGGUGUUGAUCACCAUGCAGAUUGUGGGGGACCUCUCCUAUGCCUGGCAGCUAAUAGACAGUUUCACAUCCAUCAUGCAAGAGAGUAUCAGAGUAAAUCCUUCUAUGGUAACCAAACUUCGCGCAACAUUCCUUAAGUUGGCUUCUGCUUUGGACCUUCCCCUGCUGCGAAUCAACCAGGCCAACAGUCCAGACCUCCUCAGUGUCUCUCAGUUUUACUCAGGAGAACUGGUGGCUUAUGUGAGAAAGGUAUUACAAAUCAUCCCAGAAAGUAUGUUCACUUCACUGGCUAAAAUCAUCAAACUACAGAUCCAUGACAUCAUGGAGGUGCCAACACGUCUGGACAAGGACAAGCUGAAGGACUACGCCCAGCUAGGGGCUCGCUAUGAGGUUGCCAAACUCACCCAUGCCAUCUCAAUCUUCACUGAGGGAAUUCUGAUGAUGAAAACAACACUUGUUGGCAUCAUUAAGGUGGAUCCAAAGCAGCUGCUGGAGGAUGGCAUAAGGAAGGAGCUGGUCAAACGAGUUGCCUACGCGCUCCACAAAGGCCUUAUCUUCAAUCCCAAAGCUAAACCCAGUGAGCUGAUGCCCAAGCUGAAAGAAAUGGCUGCCACAAUGGAUGGUUUCUACCGCUCCUUUGAGUAUAUCCAGGACUAUGUCAGCAUCUAUGGCUUGAAAAUCUGGCAAGAGGAGGUGUCUCGUAUCAUCAACUAUAACGUGGAACAGGAGUGCAACAGCUUUCUCAGGACAAAGAUCCAAGAUUGGCAAAGUGUGUACCAGUCCACACACAUCCCAAUUCCUAAGUAUCCCCCUGUUGAUGAGUCAGCCACUUUUAUUGGUCGCCUCUGCAGAGAGAUUCUGAGGAUCACAGAUCCAAAAGUGACAUGUUACAUUGAUCAGAUGAACACCUGGUAUGACAUGAGAACACACCAGGAGGUCACCAACAACCGACUUUUCUCUGAGAUUCAGGACACGCUUGGGACGUUUGGCCUCAACGGACUUGACCGUCUUCUCUGUUUCAUGAUUGUGAAGGAGCUGCAGAAUUUCCUGACCAUGCUUCAGAAGACCAUCCUCAAAGACAAGACUGUGGUGGAUGUCUUCAAAGCCAUGCUGAAUGCAGUCACCCCUGUGAAUAGCGUUGUCGCCAACGCAAACAAAGUCUACGCCAACGCUGUUGCCAAAACUCAGAGGAUUUGGGGAGCAUAUUUGGACGCAAUCAUGAAGGUGGGUCAAAUGCAAAUAUUGAGACAACAGAUUGCCAAUGAACUGAACUAUUCCUGCAAGUUUGACUCCAAACAUCUUGCUGCCGCAUUGGAAAACUUGAACAAGUCUCUGCUGGCUGACAUUGAAGCACACUACCAGGACCCAAGUCUGCCUUACCCCAAGGAAGACAACACGCUUCUGUAUGAGAUUACUGCCUACCUUGAGGCUGCUGGGAUUCAUAAUCCCCUCAACAAAAUCUACAUCACAACGAAGCGCCUGCCCUACUUUCCGAUCGUGAACUUUCUCUUCCUCAUUGCACAGCUGCCGAAACUGCAGUACAGCAAAAACCAAGGAAUGACGUGCAGGAAGGCAACUGACCCAGUGGACUGGCCACCCUUGGUUCUCGGGCUCCUCACACUGUUCAAACAGUUCCACUCCAGAUAUACUGAACAGUUCUUGGCUCUGAUUGGUCAAUUCAUCCGCUCCAUAAUGGAGCAAUGCACCUGUCAAAAGAUUCCAGACAUGCCUUCAGAUGUGGUGGGAGCGUUGAUGUUUCUGGAAGAUUAUGUGCGCUACACAAAACUUCCAAGGAAGGUGGCUGAAGCUCAUGUUCCCAGUUUCGUUUUUGAUGAGUUCAGAACUGUAUUGUGAUGCUUCUGGACACGCCCAGUUAACAUUUUUUGUAACACUUACUUUUGAUGCCCUAAAGUACUAAUGAAUCAACAUUUUUGAUCACAUAACAUUUCAAGAUAACAUUUAACAACUGUGACUGCUACAGACAUGAAGAUGUUACUAAGUGGAUGCAAACUGUUUUAAUAAAUCAUGUUU